AUGCUCUCCGCGUUGAAGCGUACUUCAAUCAAACAUGCGACCCUCAAUGUAAAGACGGAGUGCAUGCUGUGUGGUCAGCAGAUGACAUUGCGGGCCUUGCAAAAGCAUCUGGGCCGCCACCAACAACAGUUAGCGCUCUUCGCUCUCCCAGCAAAUUCCGGUGAUGACGAGGAUGAUGAACAAGAUCUUCAGGAAGAUGUUCAGGGAGACGAUAACAGCGAUCCCAGUUCAAAGAGCGCUGCUGAAGAUGGUGACGUGGACCUCUCAGACGCGAGUGAGCUUGAGCAGAUCCGCCCUCCGUUGGCUACUGAGCUUGACAUGGAGCCUACUCUUAGAGAGUAUCUGGACGUCGCCGCGGAGGAGAAGUUACGGUCAUAUGAUACGAACGCAGAACCAUCGACAAAAUUCGACAAGACCGUUCGCGAAAACAGCUCUAAACCUGUCAAUCUCGGGGAAAUACCCUCAAUGAUAUUGGACCCGCCGCCGUCAAUUCCACAUCAAGAGAUCGCAGAGCCUCACAUUGCGGACCUGGAAUCUAAUCUGGAGAAAAUGGAAGAUACAGUAGCGUCCACAGAAGUGAAGAAUGCAGAAUUGGAAGAACGUUUAAGAGCCUAUAACGAAAGUCUUGCCGGAUUGAGACCAGCCCCCAGGAGAGACCACACAACUCAAGGUUAUCACACUGGAAGUAGCCUGGGUGUAGAUAAGGAGGUAAACCGACCACCGCUAAUAGAAACCACUAGAGAGAUGAACCUACCAGAAGAAGAGCGCCUUGACCGUAUUGAACCUCUUGUCUCCAUGUUGACUUCGAGGACGUCCGAUCUCACUGGAUCCGCUGCGGAAUCCGACCGAAGUAUCCAUGCAGACAAGCCGGUUGAUGAAAAUCAACUCCCACACGCUACCGAAUACGACCAAGCUAGGGACCUGGACGGUGGUCCAUUCGCGAAUGAUGACUUUCCCAAUGACGGGUCACUCAAGGCCUUUGGGCCAGAUUUCAGUGACGGCAGUGACGGGCUCUUGUUAUCGCCGCAAUCCCAACAGCCUAGUAUCCGACAUACAGAUGCAGCAGUGGUGAUUCCGGAGGCGAAACGCCAUGCAACUCCGCGGCCCUUACCACCUCCACAUAGUCCGCCACUCAUACCACCUCCACGUUACCUUUCUGAGGGAGAGAUCCGAAAGUGGUCACUAGAGGAUAUUAUGGCGAAUGUUCAAGUCGAACAGAUGAGGAAGGAACAGCUGGCUGUAACAAGGGAAGAUGCAUUUAAGAACGAACCGGCCGUCGAGAGCUCUCAUGCCUCCAGUGUCGAUCCGAAAACAUCAGUCGGAACAUCCGAAAGUACGCGAGUAUUGCCCACAGGGUCGGGUCCGACAUUGCCUUCGUCUCAGGCUGACAGGCGCCAGCCUGAAGACCGCUCGCGUCGUUCGAGACGAGAAUCACGGGUCCCAAGGGAUUGUUAUGAUGAUCGUAUUGUUGAAGUACCGCGACCACUAAGACGUAGGGCGUAUUCAUCAAACCACUAUAAGUCGGACCAAUCCGGAGAGGAGAGGAAAGAUAACGCACCGAAGCAGAGCGGUGAUGCCAACAGGACAGGCACCGCGCCCACCGUUACCAGUGACGGUCACAAGGAGAUUCGCUUGAAAGUUGAUCCGAAUGCCCCGCUCAGUCUGCAAUUCAACGGCGACAUGGAGGGCCGUACAAUGCAACUUGUUCCGACCGAGGACGGCAUGGCAGAACUCGUCAUUACCGGAGGCCGCGAUGAUGAGAGCACAUACUACAACCCUCGUGAGUCAGAUAUGGGAGAUGGACAGGCUUUAAUAUCAAGGGAACAGCUGGAGGCUCUAAUACAAGGACAACCUCGGGGACAACUCCGACCACGUCGUGAGCCGCGAGUGGUCGUGGACCGUACCGAUCGAGAGGUGGAGGCUCGACCACGGAGGCCAUCUCGACCUCGGCGUGAAACGCGAGUGAACCCGGCCAGUACCGAUCGAGGGGAAGGCAAGUCUUCAGUGGAAGAAGAGGGCCAUGCUCGUUCAUCUGAAUGA